CGCAGGUCUAUCUGCGUGGCUGGAGAAUGGCAAGCAGAAGAAUUCCUGGAGAAUGGCAAAGCGAGUGGCUGAAUUGCUGUCACCCAGCAAUGCUAGCCAGUCUACGCGGAGCAAAUGUGGACGUGCAAGUCCCGUACCGGCUCCCGUUCGAUUGCCAGCGCUGUGGGUCUGACCUGUCUGCAGCACAACGAGGACGACAAUGAAGAUCUGGUUGUGACGGAAGAGUUGUUAGGCGUAGCCUGCCAAACACAUGUGGCAGUGGAAGAAGACAACCACAAAGAAAGCAAGUGGUCCACACAUCGACGUUUGCUCGUGGACGCGUUACAGCGCGCCGAACAGCACUGGGGUGGCCGCGGCGUAUCGAAGAGUGUGCCGGGAGAAGUGGGAAACCCAUAUGCGACAAUGGACACGAAGGGCAUCGUGAAAGGUUUGCAUCGCGCGGCGGAGGCCCCCGCAGGGAACGCAACGCAGACGAAACUAGAGCCGAGCGUGACGCGACGGCCCGGCCGGUUGCAGGAAACCCUGGCGGCAAUCGACCGGUGGAGCAGCACGGUCGCCGACGGCAAAUGCAACCGCAAACAGGCCGAACUCUGUCAGCGCGUCGCGCAACAGGUCAGAGCAGAGCUGCUGGCAGAAGACGGCGCCAGUCCGCAGCCACUGCGCUGGGUCGUGCACGGGGGUCCCGGCACGGGUAAAUCGCACACGUUGAAAUUGAUCCGUCGCGAGCUCUUUGAAGGUAUCGCCGGGUGGACGCAUGGCUCGCAAUACCACGUCGUCACGCUGCAGGCGGUGAUGGCCAAGGAACUGGACGGCGAUACCAUUCAUCACGCGAUGGGCCUAAAUUGGCAAGGCGCGUCCGACGACAAGAUCAGCGGAAGCAAGUUCCUCGACCUGAGUGCGAAGGCCGUGCAAUGGCGGUGGCUGAUCAUUGAUGAAAUCAGCAUGGUAAGCGCUGAGCUGCUGGCAAGAAUGGAUUUACGAUGCCGAGAGCUAGUGCGCGAUCUAGCGCAGAGCAAGUACGCCCCGGGCAGCGCGCACGCGCAGCCCUUCGGAGGGUUGAACGUACUAGUGGCAGGGGAUUUAUGGCAAUUGCCACCACCGCGCGGAACUUUUUUGGGGGAAGUGCCACGACUAGCUGCGGGCACUAGACUGGGCAACAAGCUGCGGGCACUAGACUGGGCACGCCAGCACCGGCAAGAGGUCAAAUAUGCCAUUGCAAAAGACACAAUUUCCAGCCGAGCGUUGCAAGAAAAACCGGACUUGGGCAAAGACAAGUUGACAUGGCUGCAACGUCACGAUCAGGACUGCGGCGGGCUGUACGGGGUUUUGCCCUUGUGCAUCGGCAUGCCUGUCACGGCAACCGAUCACUUGGAUCGCCGCAGAGGCAUACUGAAGGGAUGUCCUGGCACAGUUGUUGGAUGGAGCUGGCAUGAAGCAGCGGGCACAGAAGCAGGGAGUACGACACAUAUUUGGAAUCAGCUCCCAACUUGUGUCUUUGUCCGGUUCCAGACCAAGUCCCAGUGGCGAGUGCAGGGGUUAGCCACGGACAACGUGUUUCCGGUGACGCUCCAACGGCAAGCGUGGCAUCUGGACAAGGGCCGAAAGCGGCCCAUGCUGCGGGUGGCGCGACGGCAAUUUCCGUUGGCUCCCGGGUUUGCCACGACUGCGCACGCGGCGCAGGGCCAAACUUACGCAGAAGGGGCGGUCACGGACAUGCAGAUCGGCGAAGGCGGAGACCCUCUGACCGCAUACAUCGCUGUGACGCGAGUGAAAGAUAGACACGGAUUACACAUAUACAGACCCUUCGAUGCUGCACCCUAUCAGAAAGGACGCAGCGUAGGGAGAGCUUUGCUGUUGCAGGCCUGGCGCGGAGAGAGCAUCGACUGGGCAACGUUGCGCGCGCGGCACCGCGAGGAGGAAGUGUGUUGCGAGUGCCACGAAAGUAAACCGAAAAGCGGGUACAGCGCCGGGCAAUGGAAACGGGACGCGGACGCACGUGUGUGCAGAGAAUGCGUGCGUAAUUACGCAGCCAACAACACGCCCUGGCAAUGCAAAAGUUGCAAGGCAUGGAAGCAGGAAGACGCCUUUGCAACAAUGUACGCGCGCCCCCAAUGCACUUUCUACCGCGUGUGCCAGACGUGCGAGCCUUCCACCUUCACCUUGGAUGCCUGGCAACAGUUGGAGGAGACCAGCUGCGACCUGCCCUGCGAUGGCUGGAGUGCCUCGGACUUUGGAAGCCUCACAAGCUACUUCAGCAGCUUGCCGGGCUUCUGUGGAGGCAGCGCUGCUGGUACCUUCAGCUUCUACGAGAUUUGGGAUGCUGUGAUGGCCGUGGGUCAAGGUGCGCUGGACCGAUCUCGCACGUUGUGGUGGCAAGUAGUGAUGGUCCAGACGGUGAUGGCAAAUUCUGAGCACCGUGACAUCUACGAGGAUGGCACCUGGCUAUGGCGGCUCCAUGCCAGCUCGGCACUGACAGGGCGGGCGGCCUUCCCCUACCACCGCGACCUGGCAGAGCCCAUCGUUGGGUUGGUCAUGGAUGAAGAGCCAGAGCAGCCCAUGGUCAUGGGCACCUCCCAUACGGGCAGCCUGUAUGCCAUCCCAGCAUCCACCAGGAGUCCUCCUCAGCUGAUCUUGGACGGAGCCAGCUUCGAGGGCCACACCGUGGACGGCACCCCGGUGGAGCCGGGCGCAGCGCCGGUGGCCACCUUUGACCAAGAUAGGCGCACAGUGUUUGCAGCGCAGCCCAUUGGCUACGGAAACUCCAGCCUCUAUGCUUUAGAGCUUGAUGCUGCACAAAAACUUGCCUACCGCCACUAUCGCUUCAUCCCGUUCUGCAAUGCGUCCUGGUGUGCCGUGAAUGAGCUCCGCUUCCGCUUUCAAGAGGAGGAGAUAGAUAUGUCCACUGCCACUACAUAUUUCCUCAGUGACCUCACUGACGUGACUCUUCGGAAUGGUGCCAUUUUGAUUGAUUUCCCUGCAGCAACACUGGUGGAUGAGUUUUCCAUCUCCAUCCCCUACAACACCACAGACAGCGUUCCAGACCGCUGGAUUUUGCAGGGCAGCAAUGACAGGGUGCGGCGCUGCGUCCUGUCGGGAGCGCCCAGCUACCAGGCCAUGCCGGACGGAACCUAUGCGCAGAUGAUGGGCGAGACCAAAGAGGGCCGGACCGUGUACCGGGAAGCCUCAGGUGCCAUCAUCUAUUGGGAUCAGACCACGCUCAGCUGGUGGGUGAGCCCUCGUUUGCAGCAGGGCGGCUAUGGUGCUAUCCGUUGUGUGGGCGACGUCACCGAUCCUCACCUGUUGAGCCAAGCCUCGUGUGUGGGAUGGAAUGGGCAGUUUUGGGAUGUGGCUCCCAACGUGUCCUUCGAGUGCCAGGGAAAUGAAUGGAUAGUCCUUCACAACCAAAGCAGGUCCUAUCCGUUGCCCGAUGUGCCGUCAGCCCCGGUGCGGUGGUUUAAGGUCUCUCGCAUCGGCGUGAAUUGGGAGCUUAUCAUCGAGGAUUUGCCGGGCUUAGUGGGCCAACUUGUCACCGACCCCAACGAUGGCUAUGUCGCUGCUCGUGUCACCGAGGGCGGUGAGAACAAAUUGAAGAACCUGGGUCGAAUCGAAGGCAGCAGCAAUGACCGCUGCUCAGUGGCGCUACGGGUGAACCUUAGCUUCGUGGAAUCUUCGGACCCCGGACACGCAAUCGAUUGCAAAGCCACGGCCUUUGGCAUUGGAGGAUGGCUGUGGCCCGACUCUGUUGGGGAAGGGAAGCUGUGGCUGACGUGUGCCAAUGACACGGAGUUCGAAGCGGACAACUGGGUGCAACGAUAUGCGGAGGCCACAGCGGAUAGCAGCUUCUCCUUCACCUCGGAUCUUGGGAAGUCGCCAGACUCUCAUGCAUUGAAGGCCCAGGUGGCCCGAGCCUUGGAGCUGGCAGUGGCGCCCACGCUGCUGGCCGGGGUCUCGUUGUCGGGGCCCACGAGCUACUUCGUCUGCCCAUUAGGGAGCAAUUGCAGCUUCUCUCCGGAGCUGGAGGUGAGGGUCAUCAAGGGCGAAACCACCUGUGGUUGUGAAGCCCAGGUCUUGACCAUCGAAACCCAUGGUUUUUACAAGGCUUGCUACUGUCUGGCUGGUGCCCUUGACAGCAGCAGCGGCGCCUGCGCAUCCGACGGUGACUUCAGCAGCUUCGCUGGGAAUGUGCUGGGCGCUGGACCGGAGCCAGGGCGGCUGCUGGCGAUGAGCAUCAGCUUGGGGGUCUCCUGGGAGUCCAGCGUCACCGGCUUCACCACGCAGAUGGAGGUCUAUCGAAACAUGCUGGAGUAUGCCACCGGCUUGAGCUUUAGCACUUUGAGCUUUCCAUCCGUGGUGAAGAUCUCCAAUGCAUCAGCUCCCACCUGUGGCUACAACCCAUCGGCCUGCGACCUGGUGGGCGAAGUCUUCUGCACUUUGGGGGAGCACUGUGUGGUCAGCCUCAAUGGCACCUCGAUGAGGACCUUCAAUGGCUUGAAGCUAGUGCACAAGUCGCAUAGCUGUGAAACUGCCUUGGCCCACCCAGCAUUGGCUGCGUUCGAGACUCUCAUCAAUCCGAAGGAGGGAUGCACUCGUAGCGAUGGGUACAAGGCCACGUACAGACCGGUCCACCACUGGGACAUGGGCUUCUCAACAAGAGGUGCUUCGGAGGUGGCUGAGGAACCCCCUGGCCCGGGGCUCUACAAGCUCUGCUGGUCCUACGAUCCACAGGCAAAUGUGUCCAGCACGGGGGAGGACUUCUCCAUUUACCGGGAUGCAGGAUACAUGACAAUGUUGGGACCGUUGGCCAUGGACUUCGAAUGCUUCCUCCAUUUUCCGUGCAUCAUCAACAUCAGCGGCAUUGGUCUGGCGGCUAGCAACAAGGUUCUGCUGAUUGAGAUCACCAGCCGUUGUGGUGACCCCAACAUCUCGGCGUUGGAUGACCGCUGGUCAACGUCCAACCCCACGGCUGUGACCCAAGAUUCUCAAGGCAGCUUCAACCUGUACUCCUUCGGCAUCAAUGCUGGGAAGCAUGGUGCAUCCCACCGGAUUUGCUGGGCUCAUGAUCCAGAGAGGGAGGGUUCGCUGUCGGAUUCCACCCUCUACCGAGUGGAGAUCGACCCGGACCUGCGAUGGUUUCGCCUCAGCGCCGUGGUGGACUGCGUCGUGCUGGGGAGGCCCUGCCACAUCACGGUGAUGGGGAGUGGAAUCCUGCCAUCCAGCAAGAUCCUCCUCAUCAGCAAUGAGGGACGUUGUGGGGCCACCAAUGCCACGGCUGUGAGCAUCGCAGGUCUCUCCAAUCCCACGGCUGUGGAGUCCGACACGGCCGUGCCCAGCGUAGAGGGGCUCUAUGCCUUGGGCGCUUUGCUGGUUGAGGCGCUGCCGCUGGGCGUGCGGAUCUGCUGGGGCAGCAAUCCGAAGAAUGGGAGUGCAGUGGACUUGGAGGACUAUCCUUUCGAGGUCGCCUACCCGAUGCACUACGCAAGCACAUCCUUCUUCGAGGGCAGAGUGGGUGCCAUCGGGUUGGUACAGCUGGACAGUGAGAAAGCUGACAAGCAUCGAGUUUUGGCCCUCUACUCUGAUCCUAGCGACACGCCGGAGACGAGCAACACACUGGUGGGCUCUCCCACAGAGUGGGCAGACUACGAUUGCUGUAGCAUGGCAGGCCAUGCUGCAGGUGCCGUGCUGCGGGUCGAUGCCACCAAUCGGGCAUUGCCUGCAGGAGGAUACGUCUUCCACCAGCGGCCCUCCGAUGGCUAUGCAGCGGUGGCGUUGACCAUGCGGCGCCCACUGAAGCAAGGGCUGCCGGACUGCGAGAGCUGUGAUGAUUUUACCUCCAAGCACACAGACUAUGUCGUAGUCACAGGCUAUCGGGAUUUGUCAAGUCCGGAGAGGCAUCCAGGGAACCUGAUGAUGCUGAAGGCUCAACCAACAGGCCCUCAGUGGGCGCCCACAUGGCAAGCUCGUCGAGCGACCCAGCACUUCCACUCCAUGCCUCCGGAGGGCUUGGGUGAUUGGGAGGAUGCAUUCAGACCGUGCAUCACCAGUGACCCAUAUGCAGCUUGUGCGUACACAAGCCGUGAGGCUGUAGAGUCGCAGAAGGUCGCCCGACUGUCUCCAACCUCUUUGCUUGCAGUUUUUCUCGAUGGCUCCUCCAAGCUUGGAACUGUGGUGCUGAUCACUGUGGUCCACCACUUUCCAGACCAGUGGAGCCUUCAUCUCGGAGCGAAGCAGGUGGUGAAUGCUGGAACGACCAGCAACAUUGAUGUGGCUGCACUCUCUGAGUCAACUGCAGUGGUCGCCUUCGCAGAUGAUGCGACCUCAAGCCUGCAGGCCAGAGUUGUUGAGGUGGCCGAUGGCGCACUCAUUCUGGGUGAGACCGCCCUCAUUGCUGGGAAUGUGUCCUUGGUGAGCGACAACAACACUGAGGCCAACGUCAGCGAGAGCAACUGGACCUUUGCGCCGACCCAUCGCCGCCUCUCCGUGGCUGCCGUGGAUGCUACCCGUGCGCUAGUUGCCUCAGCACCUCCAUUGGCGAACGGCGAGGUGAUCUUGUUGAGCGUGAACGGCUUGAACACUACGCGAGCAACAGCAGCAUCACUACGAUCCCCUGCGGAUGAUAUCACCAUGGUCUUCCUCGGAGGAGUUGGUGCCAUGUGCGUCUACAGAGAUGACGUGGAAGGCUUCGCCACAGCGCAGGAGGUUGAGGUCUACGAGAACUUCAAUGGAGAGGCCCACGCACUCACGUUGGGCUCGACUUCGAUCUUCACGGCUUUUCCCGUGGAAGGGCUAGUGGCCACGGCGCUGAACCGCACAGGCCUGCUGGUGGCCUACCGUGCAGCAGAUGGCAGAGGAAUGACCACCCUGAUUGGAGCUUCGUUCAACGCGGUUUGA